AUGUUCGCCCAUCGAAGAGGGCCCAGGCCCCGCAUCUCAGAGAGAGGAAGAAAACCAUAUAGCCUGCUACAGCGACACACACUCGAGAGAUUGAUGAAAUCUCUGGUAAUCCCUUCAAUUUCCCUCACGACAGCACACAGUCAGAGACCACGACCUUUCCUCCUCCCUAUUUCCGAAAAGCUGCUCGCAAUUAUGCCUCUGAACAAUCGCCAACCCAUGUUCUUCGCGGUCGGCGCGCUUUUGCUCGCGAGUCCCGAGCACCACGUGUCGGCCGCGACCGCAGGCCCGAUCAUGGGGUGGAUGUCGUGGGAGCGGUUCCGGUGCGAGACGAACUGCGCGAAGUUUCCGCAGGACUGCAUCCAGGAAAAACUGUACUACGAGAUGGCGGACGCGCUGGUCGAAACCGGGCUGGCGGCCGCGGGCUACGCCCAGGUCAGCAUCGACGACUGUUGGACCAAGGGACGAGACGAAACGACCAAGGAGCUGCGGGCCGACCCGGACCGGUUCCCGACCGGGAUUCCGAAACUCGCGGACUACCUGCAUGCGAAGUCAUUGAAGCUCGGGAUCUAUUCCGACGCGGGGAAGUUGACGUGCGGGGGCUACAUCGGAAGUCGCGGCUCCGAGGAAUUGGACGCCAAGACCUUCUACGACUGGGGCGUGGACUACCUGAAACUCGACGGGUGCUACAUUGACACGCCCGCGGAGAUGACGACGCUCUACACGAAAUUCGGCUUGGCGCUGGAAAAAGAAUACGAAAAAAGAACGAGUGGGAGUGCAAAAGAUGAUGACGUAGCUUCUACUGAGGAUAAAGACGAAGCGUAUAGAGCCGACUCUGCCAUCAAUCUCGUGGGACGACGGAGUAUUCCUAUUCAAUUUUCAGUUACAACAGCAGGGAGGAGCAGCGGAAGAUGCCUCAUUGUAGUCAGCUUGAUGUAUUAGAAAAAAUAUGGAAAGCAAUGUUAAAUGAAAACAUCAACUGUCCACAGGCCGUCGCGAGCUGUCACCAGUCAUCUCCAAGAGACCCAAAAUCGUCUACUCUUGCUCCUUAUCGAAUGUAAAAGUGUCUGGGUCUGGAAGACUGCAUGUUUGUCAUGCUUGUCUGGCAUGACUGUAAUCUGUCAUGCUCGUUACCCCAGAGCGGCAUUUUUUUUUCAUGCAGAAACGCAGUUUGUCAUGCAGAAUAGGCAACACGACCUAGAGGCUCAGAAACUUGUCAUGCUGAGCGAGCACUUGUGGCCUCUUCAUGAUACGCCACCCAGCAUCACAAGUUUCCAGACCCAGACACUUUUGCAUUUGAUACUCCUGGCCCGCCUACCUGGGCGACGACGAGCGGGAGAAACCUUACCAAGCGAUGUAUGGAUUGCAAAAAUGUCUGGGUCUGGAAGAUUGUAAACUUGUAAUGCUGUCUCUGGAUUCUAAAAAAAUUUGUAUUGCAUGACCAGCAAGAGGACUCCAGUUUGUGCUACACGGAAACUGCAUUUCUCAUGUGGUAGAGGCAUCGCAAAGUCCUCUAAAAAUCUGUGAUGCUAGGGCAUGCAUCACAGACAUCAUGGAUCAUUCAAAAUAUGCAUGACAAGCCUGGCAAUCUUCCAGACCCAGACACUUUUGCAUUUGGUACGAUGCGGGAGCAGGCAAAGUGCGACACGUGGCGCAACUGGGCGGACAUUGACAACAGCGUGGGGAGUUUGAAGGGCAUCGUGAACCACUGGGCGAUUUACACCAAGGCGAUGGAAGCCGUUCCCGCAAACGCGUUGAACGACCCGGACAUGAUUUUGGCCGGCAACGACCACUACGGAACCGUUUUACCAAUACAAGCGGCCAAGUUGCAGCUCGCCGUGUGGGCCGUGGUGAAGGCGCCGCUGUUUCUGUCCGCGGAUAUUCGCAAGUUUGUCACAGAAAAAAACAAGUACGCGCCUUACGUGACCGCGCUGAAGGACGAGUUGUUCCUGUCUGUGGUGAAGUCGCCGAGCACCAACAUCGGGGGUUGCGUCUUCGGGUGCGGGGAGCUGAAGGGGAAGCGAGAACCUGGGACCGUUUCUCUGUCCAUCAGCAUGCCCUUCGUCACGAGGGCGGACCGGCAAAUUUCCAAGGACCCAUCCGACCUGCAGAUCUGGUUCCGGAAAAUGGGGGCCGGCGUGUUUGCGCUCGCGUUUGUCAAUCUGGAUGAGAAGCAAGGAACAAAAGUGUCCCUGCGCAUCGACCGUGCCUUGAAGGACGCGAUGGUCGAGGCGUGGAACAAGCCGGCUGCAGCGAGCAGUGACGAUCAUGGGGAAGUGGACCACAGUACAACUUCCAAAAGUUCCUCAGAUGGUGGCGGCGUAGGCGUGGCAGCUGCAGACGUGCUUCCGCCAGAAUUCCUGCCGUCAACGACAGGAAGUGUUGCAGAGCCGGUGACGUGGAGCAUCGCACUCGAUGCGAUGGAAGGCCGACUCUUUGUCGGGAAAACUGGCAAUUACAGGGUGGAUGAACAGGCGAAGCAGGAGCAGGUUGGGUCGGACCAACCCACUCUGUUUUUGUGA